AUGGCUCAUCGCCGUGUCUCAGGAUUAUCCAGAUACUAUCCAUCUAGUAUAGUGGGUGGUAACAUGAGAUCGCCCGAGUACGUGGACCGGCCCAUGCUGGGUGCCAUCUCGUCGUGCUGCAAUGUCACUGGCGUGCUCAUCGACAUCCACGUCGUUGCAUGCCUCCUCCACCAGCAUGGCGUUUUCGCUUGCUUCGACUUCGCUGCUAGCAGGCCCUACAUGGAGAUCGACAUGAGGUCUGGCAAGACAGACGGCUACGAUGCAGUCUUUUUCAGCCUGCACAAGUUCGUCAGUGGACCAGGCAUGCCGGGGAUCCUACUCCUGAACCAGACGUUGUACCACCUCAUCGGGAUGCCAUCGAUUGUGCAGAAGGUGCACGUGUCACUGGCCUUGUGGGUCAAGAAGCACAUCAGCCGUGACGUCAUCGCGUUCUAG